CCACCGUAGUUCAUAGUAAGAAUAAAAACAUAUGGCGACCUGCCAAACAUAAAUAAAAAGCCCUCCUAAUAUCUACUUUCAGUUUUUGUGAGGUCUUACUUGUCUCACACCGCUUCAGUAGAUAAAACGACAUUAAUGAAGUGAGUUUUGGUGGGUGAAAAGAUCUCCAGCUCUGUCAGAAUAUACUGGUCAAAGGGCAUCAAUGACAUUUAUAUUCAGAUCUGCUCUAACAAAACAGGGUCUGUUGAUGCCUGUCCUGAAUGCUGUUAGAGGAAUGUCUACUUCAGGAGGUCCCACCCCCCCCUUCACCACCCUGUCAAUCACCCGCCCGGCUGACACCAUCACUCAUGUUGAGUUCUGUCGACCAGAGAAACGCAACGCAAUGAACAAGGCAUUCUGGAGUGAAAUGGUUGACUGCUUCAAUCAGAUCACUGAAGACUCAGAGUGUCGUGUUGUGGUUUUCUCAGGUGCUGGGAAGCUCUUCACAGCUGGUAUUGACCUCAUGAGCAUGGCCAGUGAUAUUCUACAGCCUGAGGGAGACGACACAGCCAGGAUCUCAUGGAACGUGCGCCGCACCAUAAGCAAAUACCAGGAGACCUUCUCUGUUAUGGAAAAGUGUCCAAAACCAGUGAUCGUGGCCAUUCAUGGAGCAUGUAUUGGAGGGGGAGUGGAUCUGGUCACGGCAUGUGAUAUACGGCUCUGUACACAGGAUGCCUGGUUUCAAGUCAAGGAAGUUGACAUUGGCCUGGCAGCUGAUGUUGGGACUUUGCAGCGUCUCCCCAAAGUUAUUGGAAGUCGUAGUCUGGUAAAUGAGCUGGCUUUGACUGCGAGGAAGAUGUACGCUGAUGAAGCCAAGAGUUGUGGAUUGGUCAGCCGUGUGUUUCCAGAUAAAGAGACGAUGAUGGCCGGAGCUAUGGAGAUGGCAGAAGAGAUCGCAAGCAGGAGUCCUGUAGCAGUACAGGGAACCAAAGUCAAUCUCAUUUACUCCAGAGAUCACGGUGUUCCAGAGGGCCUGAAUUACAUGGCCACCUGGAAUAUGAGCAUGCUUCAAACCCAUGAUCUGAUGAAGUCAGCUCAGGCUGCCAUGGAGAAGAAAAGCCCUAAAGAAAUUACUUUCUCUAAGCUCUAAGAGUCUACAGGGGAAUGCAUACAUACUCAAACCAGCUUCAAAAGUUCCAGGAAGAUCACCUGCUGAUUUAGAAUUGAUCUGCAUAUCUUUGUCGACAUGAUUUUUUACAACUAAAGUGAAUCAUGUCUUAAACUUCAGUGAAAGCUAAUUAUUCUGUUUUUCUGGGAUUGCCUUAAUAAAAUUACAGUGUAAUGUACUAUUUUUAUGGGUGUCUUAAAUGCUGUUUGGCACAUAAAUGUAAAAAAAACUGAAAAGCGCACAAUAAAACUAGAAACUUUUAGAUAUAGA